AAGAGAGACAGAGAAGCACGAUGGCUGAAUUCAGAUGGAUUCAAAUGCUUUCAUUCCUGAUCCUGAUGCUUCAGUUUAACACAGCAGCAACUGAACAAACCUACACAUUACUUGUCAGAUUUGGUGAUGAAGUGACUUUACCUUGUGGUCAGUCUGACUGUGGCAGGACUGAGUGGCUCUUCAAAGAUUUAACGUCCACUGAAACAGUCCAGCUGAUUCAUCGUGGGACGAUUGUCAAAAAAGACAAAAGUAAAUCAGACAGACUGACAGUUACAGCAGACUGUUCUCUGCUUAUAAAGACCAUCACAGUUGGUGAUGCUGGUAGUUACACCGGCACAAACUGCUCAUCACAACACAACCAACAACAAUAUGCAGACUUUCAUGUUCAUCUGUCUGUCAUCAACAUGACUGAACAUGAGAACAAUGGUGAAGUCACCUUGUUCUGCUCUGUGUUGGAUGUUGAUAAAUGUGCACACACAGUGCAGUGGAUCUAUGAGGGUGAAGACAAACCCUCAGACAUGAAGAUAUCAGCACGAUCCUGCACUGCCACUGUGACAUUUACAAUAUCUGACCUCAAUCAGAGGUCAAAGUUUUAUGAGUUAUUAAAGUGUAAUGUGAUGAAUCAGAUCACUAAGACAGUGCAGCUGUUUCCUUUCAGCCGUCAGUCCUCAGGUGGAACAACAGCAGCAGCAACUCAACAAAUCUACACAUUACUUGUCAGAUUCGGUGAUGAAGUGACUUUACCUUGUGGUCAGUCUGACUGUGGCAGGACUGAGUGGCUCUUCAGAGGUGUAACAUCCGCUGACAAAGUCCAGCUGAAUAAUCGUGGGACGAUUGUUGAAAAAGACAAAAGUAAAUCAGACAGACUGACAGUUACAGCAGACUGUUCUCUGCUUAUAAAGACCAUCACAGUUGGUGAUGCUGGUUGUUACACCGCCACAAACUGCUCAUCACAACACAACCAACAACAACAAUAUGCAGACUUUCAUGUUCAUCUGUCUGUCAUCAGCAUGACUGAACAUGAGAACAAUGGUGAAGUCACCUUGUUCUGCUCUGUGUUGGGCUUUCGUAAAUGUGCAUACACAGUGCAGUGGAUCUAUGAGGGUGAAGACAAACCCUCAGACAUGAAGAUAUCAGCACGAUACUGCACUGCCUCUGUGACAUUUACAAUAUCUGACCUCAAUCAGAAGUCAAAGUUUUAUGAGUUAUUAAAGUGUAAUGUGAUGAAUAAGGACACUAAGACAGUGCAGCUGUUUCCUUUCAGCCGUCAGUGCUCAGAUGGAACGACAGGUGAGACUGCACCAACAAAUGAAGAUUUUCCAUAUUUGUUAAGAUGCAUCAUUGCUUCUGUGGGUUCAGCUGCGCUCUUAAUAUCUGCUGUUACAGUCAACAUGUGGGCAAAAUCUAAAGUGAACAAAACACAGAUGGAAAAAAGAAGCGUGCACAAAGAUGAAGAUGAAGGUACAGUGACCUAUGAAAACUCUGCAGACCCUUCUGCUUCUGUCAGACUUCACUGAUCAUCAACAUCAACUCAGCACAGAAACGACGUCACUGCUGUUAAAGAUCAUCUCAGCACAUUUCAUAUGAGGACAAAACAGACUCAGGAUCAGAUUAAUACUGUCCACCUCUUGCCAACAGAAUAAUAAUUUUCAGUAUUGUAAUAUUCAAAAAUUAAAUAUAGGUGAUAACUUUAUCUCGUAUCAAAGGUUUUUGUUAGUUUUGAAGCCAUUUUCUGCACUAUGAAACUUUCUAACCUGCAUUUAAAUCAGAAUGAAACAGUUUGAUCUGACCUUCAGAUAACAGCUGUUAAUGCAGAUGUAUUUAUGUAUUUUUUUUAAAUUGCUUCAUAGUUGCAA